GAUGGCUGUUGCCUGAAGCCUAAAGCAAUCCUCCCACAAAGUCACAAAAACAAAGACAAAGAAAAAGACGCCAGAGCCAUCAUUCUGUGCUUCAUUUACAAGUCUCCCACCACAAAUGACAAAUACACACUCACUAGAAUAAAAUACUAUCACUUUUCUUAACAAUGCUAUAUAAGAGAAGCACCUCAACCAACAUACUCAUCACAGAAAAAAUGGGCACAACAGCUCCACUUGCAAUAGGCACCAGAGGCACGGUAGGAUCUCUUGUCCGAAGAGAGAUUGAGUAUUUUCGAAGGCUCGAGUGUGUUGAAACCUCUAAGAAACCCAGCCCCAAAAAUUAUGUGGGUAUCUCUAGCAAUAAAACGAGUUUUCCAACGAGUCGAGUGAAGACACCUACGUUGGGAUCAUUGCUGACUAUGAGCUGGAGAAGGAAGGGAAGGAAAAGCAACAGCACCAGUAGUAGUAGUGGCAGUAACAAUAAUAGCAAUAGUUUUCUGCCUAGUAUGUGCUCUGCUGUGGAUGUCUCAGAAAGCAAGAAGUUUGGUGGGUUUAGUUACAGGAACCUUAAAGUAGAUAUGAAUGUUCAUUAGAAUUCCAUUUAUAUUAAGACCUUGAAUCUUUAAUAGGAUUUGCUAUUUGUAAGUAUCUUUUCUAGAGUUAGUAGUUCUAGAUGGUCAUAUUCCUAGAUGACUUUAUCUUGUGUUUCAAAGGAUGCUUGUGAUGAAACAAGUUUGAUGAUAGAUCUUUCAGACUUUUACAUGGAUUGGAACUUUUAAUCAUGUAAGAUGAUCAGAAACAGCAUUUAGUUGAUUUUGAAACAUAAAAUUUGUGCUAUAAAGUAAAAAGUGUGAAACCAUAGAAUCUUUCAUGAUAUUAGUAUAUAUA